CAAACAGCGGCGGCGAUGGCGGCGGCGCGGCGCAGGCCGCUGCUCUGAGAGGGCACCGGCAGCCCGACCCCGCACCCCCGCGGGCGCUGACACCCGCGACGAGCCGCCGCGGAGCCGGCCGGCUGCGAGAUUCCCCCCCCCCGCCCCCGGCCUCGGGCGCCGGGACCCCGGGGACCGAGGAGAAGGAGGGGCGCCGACCGGAGCCCUUAGGGCGGCCCCUGGGGCUUGGAGACGGCGGCGUUAGCGGGCCCGGGGCCGCGGGGACCCCCCCGUGCCCGGGCGGGGCGCUGAGGAGACGCCGGGGCACGGCGGGGGAGCGGGGCGGCGGGCCCCCCUCGGGCAGCCGGGCCUCGGCGCGGGAUGAGCCGCCGAGCCGCCAGCACUGCCGCCCCCGCGCAGGGCGAGCUGCGGCUCUUGGGGCACCACCAGAGUCAUUCCCAUCGAUUUGGUGGGAGCAGGGACACCUUCCGUGUCAGUGAACAGGUUGCCAUAUGCAAUGGACACUGAUCUCAGUUCCCAAGACAGGAAGGACCUGGACAAGUUCAUCAAAUUUUUUGCUUUAAAGACGGUACAAGUAAUUGUCCAGGCCCGACUUGGAGAGAAAAUCUGUACCCGAUCGUCAUCCUCCCCAACAGGCUCUGACUGGUUCAAUUUGGCAAUCAAGGAUAUACCAGAGGUUACUCAUGAAGCAAAGAAAGCCCUGGCAGGACAACUGCCUGCUGUUGGACGGUCUAUGUGUGUGGAGAUUUCUCUCAAAACCUCAGAGGGGGACUCCAUGGAGCUGGAAAUCUGGUGUCUAGAAAUGAAUGAAAAGUGUGACAAAGAAAUCAAAGUUUCAUACACCGUAUACAACAGGCUGUCUCUACUGCUGAAGUCUUUGCUUGCUAUAACCAGGGUAACUCCAGCCUACAGACUUUCAAGGAAACAAGGCCAUGAAUAUGUAAUAUUGUACAGGAUAUAUUUUGGUGAAGUCCAACUGAGUGGCUUGGGAGAAGGUUUCCAGACAGUCCGCGUUGGGACUGUGGGUACCCCAGUGGGCACCAUCACUUUGUCUUGUGCCUACAGAAUCAACCUCGCUUUCAUGUCAACCAGGCAGUUUGAGAGGACCCCUCCUAUCAUGGGGAUUAUCAUUGAUCACUUUGUGGACCGUCCUUAUCCCAGCUCUUCACCCAUGCAUCCCUGCAAUUACAGAGCUGGUGAGGACAAUGGUGCAGUAUACCCCUCAGUAGAAGAUUCCCAAGAAGUGUGUACCACAUCUUUUUCCACCUCUCCUCCAUCUCAGUGUGUUUUUACUGUCACAAAGGCACAUUUUCAGACCCCUCCUCCUGUGGUGACGGACACCUUGAAGGUCCCAGUGAUGGGACUGGCCUUUUCACAUCAACUUUCCAGCUCUCGUCUUUCCUAUCAGCCUGCUGCCCUGGGAGUUGGAUCAGCUGACAUGGGGUUUCCUGUACUCUUUGCUGGUGGCUUGAAUGCUGCACACCCUCACCAGUUGAUUGGUCCAGGCAAAGAGGGGGGAGUUCCCCCAAUUCCUAGCCAGCCUGCACAUGGCACUCAAGCUGACCAAGAGAGGAUGUGCACCCCACUGGAUGGAGUCCACUACUCAGCAGCUACUCCUUCUAGUAGCGAGGACACAGAAACAGUAUCAAACAGCAGUGAAGGGAAGUGUGGCUCCCCACAUGACCUUUUGGAGACCAUCUUUAUCCGGAAGGUGGGAGCUUUUGUCAACAAACCCAUUAACCAGGUGACCAUGGCCAACUUAGACAUUCCUUUUGCCAUGUUUGCUCCCAAGAAUGUUGAGCUGGAAGAUAACGACCCCAUGGUCAAUCCUCCUGACUCCCCAGAAACUGAAUCUCCUCUACAAGGCAGCUUACACUCAGAGGGCUCCAGUGGCAGCAGCACAGGGAACACCCAUGACGACUUCGUUAUGAUUGACUUUAAACCAGCAUUUUCAAAAGAUGACAUUCUUCCAAUGGACCUGGGGACAUUUUACCGUGAGUUUCAGAAUCCCCCUCAACUCAGCAGCCUCUCCAUUGACAUUGGAGCGCAGUCCAUGGCGGAAGAUUUGGAUUCGUUACCAGAGAAGCUGGCAGUCCAUGAGAAAAAUGUCAAAGAGUUUGAUGCCUUUGUAGAAACCUUGCAGUGAAGCUGUUUUCCAGUUUUGCUGCAGCAGUUCUUCCUCCUCAAGGCACCCUGGAGAAUGACGUCAACAAAUACCUGUAUCGCCCCUGCUCUGCCUGUUGUCUCACUUUGACUAGUUCCUUCCAUCAAGUGAGCUUUCUUUGAUUGCUCUCUUCAAUAGCAGAUACAUACAGCUCAUCUGCUGAUUUUCCUCAGCUACACCACCGCAUAGUUCUGGACCGCUUUUCCUGCUCACAGUUGGUUUUGAAUUUAAGACUUCAGUAGGGACACAGGAAGUCAAACUCCAAUGUAUGAAACUUACUUUCUCCUCAGUCUCUGUUCUGUGUGGAGGGGCUUUGUGAAACGUUGCCAUAUGCUUCCUCCAAAGGUCCUGUGGUAUAAGUUCCCUAGGUAUAGCUUCUUGCUAACAGACUUUUUCCUACAGUCUCCAAUCCUGUUAAAGCAUAGAAAGCUUUGGCUCAUUUCCAGGGUCUGUGAGUUCAGCAGAUUCAACAGUUUUAAGUCCAGGACAUCCAUUCCGCAGAACGGGGCAUUUCAUCCUGACUUCAGUGUGAGUGCCUGGAGCCCAGGGAGAGACGUCAGCUUUGGGACCUGUGUAAUACAAAUUACCUUUGUUUUCCUGCUUCUAAGGAACUGGGUCUCUACACAGUCGUUUUGUGUGAGGCCUUCUGUUAUGCUGGCUGAUAAGCAGGAAUGAAACUACAGAAGCGCUUUCCACAUUUCCUUCCUGAGCGUACUGACACUCGGCCAUGCUGAGUUUACCGGUGUUGAGUGUUGGCAAGCCUGCACAUAGCAGCUGUGAUGAUGCUGAAUUCAUAGUCUCUGCUUCUGAAAUGUAACUGUAAAUACUAGGAAUCCUAUUUCUUUAGGGUUAUGUAACUAGGAGUCUUAGUCCAAGAUUCUUUCCUCUAACCCUUGCAAACCUUCCUGCUUUAUGGUUAAUAGAUGAUCUUAAGAAUCAAGAAAUAUUUAUUGCUUUUAAAGAAACCUAUAUUUAAAAGAUGUUCUGUUUUCAUGUAGUCGUGCGGGUCAUUCUGCCCAGGAUCACUGCAGACAGCAAGUGUGCCAUGGAACCCUGGCCAGUGAGACUGGUCUCUCUUUGCAGGAAAAUAUCCAAGAUAUUUAUUUUCUAAGACAGACUUGAUUAUUCUAAUAUAAUACUCUGUUUUGGGGACUAUGUGUCCAUUACAUCCAGUCAGGGCCCAUUGAUGGAAUGAAAUGCACACAUCAGUGUAGUGGAGUGGCAGAGACUUGGUAAAAAGCUGUAUUCUGAUAGGCAUGGAUGAAUUUGCAGUGUUCUUCAGCCAUUCAGAAGGCAGCUUCUUUAAAGAAGCACAUUUUUGGGGAGCUUAUGGUACUUUUUAAUCAGCUGGCUUUUGAUUAGCUGAAAUUUUAUUUUUGUAAUGAUCUGGCUAUCAACAGCGUGACUGGCUGGCAGUGCUCUAUGGUUGAUUUGGCUGUUGUGUGUCUUUUGCCUGAUGUAAGGAUGGGAGGAGAAACAGUGACACUAAACAGAAACUUAGAUAAGGUAGGUCUUCUUGUGGUUCUCUCUCCCCCUCCCAUGUGUAACUAGAGUGAGCAACUGCAAGACCCCUUACUGUCCUAAACCACUUCUUUUUUUCUUUCUUUCUCCAGAAGCGGGGUUGUGUUGCCUCAGUACUGAGGAACCAUCUUAAUUUCCUUAGAGUGGCUGAGUAACCAGCCUUCCAAUUAGUGCAAUGUGGCAGUUUCUUCAACUUAGCUGCAUUCUUAAUUGAAAGAGAUUGCUAGCAGCUGAUGGGGGAACCCCACCUCCUCUCUAGAACACUAUUUCUGUGCCACUGCUAGAGCAAGGAACUAAGUUCAGAAUGGAGCUUAUUGUAAGGUCAGAGCAACACAAUGCUUUGUACUUUACCAGCUUUUUUGUUGAGGGAUGUGUUCGGUGGGAGGCCAUGUGAGCUCUAAAACUCUAGGUAAGAGCUUUAUUGAAGGAAGGCUACCCACCAGAACCUUUUUAGCUUACUCAACCAUUUCAACUUUUCAGUAACCUCACAGAGAAAUUGUUUAGUCCUUGCAAAAUAAGAUGCACAAACAUUUAAGAAAGCUUCCAAGAUAAACAGCUCACAUGAGUGCUUAAGUUACAUGGGCUUUAACAAAUACUUGAUCCCCGCAGCCAGAGCCCCCUUCUUUUACAGGUGGAAAGGGUUGCGGAAGGGUGCAGAAACACAAGGAAUUAAUGGAUCAGUUGGCUCUCGCCUCUGCUCAGGAGGUUGGUCUCUGCCACCUUGUAGGAAGUAGCUCACAGGCAGGUGGUCACCCUUCUCUUAACGUUACAGGCUGUGCUUGGGAAAGUGAUACCAUCUGGGCUGCAAAGCAGCAGGGGUGGGGUAAAGUGCUGGUUCACACUGGAUUCAUGGAGAAAAAUAGACUAGGUUGAACUUCAUCUAGCCAGUGCUACUGCUGUCCUCUUCUCACACUGACAAGCUGCAGAGUUGGCAGAAAGCAUGCCAUUCUUGCUAAUCCUGUCCAGGAGGUCUCCUGAGCCAAAUACUUGUGCUCAUUUGUUGAUGCAGUUCCUAACAUAGCUACCGUUCCCACAUCUCGUAAGGCAGAACGUCAGUGUGGCACGUUUUUUCUACUUCAAAAGACUGGCAAUUUGCCUAUAUAAGCUGCUAGUGUUGAGCUGGAUGGCCAUAGCAAUAAAGAGAUUCUCUAGGGCUGAGUUAUGUGCCUCUUUUCUGGACAUUCCUCAGUUUCAACACGUAGUUGCUACAUCUAGGCUCUGAGUUCCCUGACCACUGCACAAAUGCUCUGCUUCAGGAAGGAUCUAGCUGCUGCUGUGGCCUGCCACAGAUUGUGUUAUGAAGGCUGUUUAUUUUAGCAGCUGUCUGCUCGAUUCUAUAUUAAGGACAGUAUGUAUGUAGCUGCUGAUUCACAGAUACUUUGGGUGAAGGGGAAGGCUCCUAAAUUGUAUUGUUUUGGAAACAGUCUCCAAUGUACUUCAAGUAUUCAAAGAAUUUCCAAUAAAACUUUUACUUAAGCAA